GCUCCACUGGCUUCUUUGCCUCUUCCCCGCAAGAUCCCACCGAACCACAAGAGGGACGAGGCCUUGAUGAAAAGUCAGCUUUGGACGACGUAGUUUCCCCCUCCGAGCUCCCCGCUGCUCUCGGUUCGUUAUGUCUUUGAGCCUGAUUCCCCUCCCGCCAUGCCCGCUGCACAACGCCCCCUGCCGCCGCCGCCGCUGCUCCUCCUGCCGGCCCUGCUGCUGAUAUGCUGCCUGGAUGAAGCGGUGAGAGCCGGGCUAGUGGGUGGAGGCCUUCCCUCCUCCGCGCCCGGGGACAAUGGCCUCAGCACCACGCCAUCCAGCACGGAGCCCACAGCUGCGGGGGGACCCCCAACCCCCCCCGCCUCCACAGCAGACCCUGGAUUUGCUCUCAAAGUUCUGGUGAGAGAUCGAGUGACCCGGCAACUUCUGCCAGGAGCUACUGUGGGCGUCUGCAUCAACCACACGGAGAUGAGUGCUGCACAGACUGGAGCGGGUGGCGAGGUUCUGCUGAGGGUGGUGUACAGUCCUGGGCAGAUUCUGACAUUGGUGGGCCAGAUGGAGGGCUACGUUCCCAGCCCGCUUCCUUGGAGCACCACCAAGAGACCAAUCUUCUCCAGCGUGACGAUUCUGCUGCUUCCUCAAAGUCAGGGUAACAUCUGGCUCUUUGAAGACUCCGUCCUCAUCACUGCCAAGUUGCCUGACAGUUCAUCUCAGCCAAUGGUGAAGUUUCCAAAGAACCUGCUGACUAGCUCUGAGAACAGCAACAUCUCAUCAGUGACCGCGUACUUGACUGUACCGCACUACCAGCUAGCUAGGGACUGUGCCAACUGCACCCCUGGAGUCAUCCUCAACAAAUCCGCUUUUACAAGCAUUGAGCUGAAACCAGUGGUGGCUGUCAGCGUCUUGCUCUACUCUGGUGGAGAGGAGCUUGAAGUCCGCGGGCCGAUUCAGAUCAGCAUCCCUCUGGGUCAUGACACUCACCUCCAAGCCUCUGACACCGUUCCAGCCUGGGCAUUCAACUUGAAAACUGGUGCAUGGGAGAAUCAGGGCUUGGGGAUAGUGAAAAAGGUCGGGGAAGAGCUGGUUUGGACCUACACCGCCUCUCAUCUGGGCAACUGGAUUGCAGCUUCCCUUCCUACUUCAAAUGAUUAUCUUGGAUACGGGGGCUUCCUCCACUUCAUGUCCUAUCAAGCUUAUCUUCUGGUGGGGAUUCUGGGUGCAACUUUAGUCAUAGUAGUCGGAUUCUUCUCUCUGCUGCUGUGUCACUGCAGAAGGUCCCAUCAAGAGCCGAGGAGGAGAAAAGCCAGAUUCUCGAAACUCACAGUGCUGAAGAAAGAUCAGACCACCUCGACCCACAUAGAGGAGGGUCUGCUUUUCCAUCACAGGGACAGCCUGGCCUCCUGCAGUAUCCAGUGCGAGCCCUUGUCCACCCCGAGGCACAAAGCAAACUUCAACAUUUAUGUGGAGGACCCGAGCAGUCGGCCCUCAGCACCUCUGUACGAGAACCUGUCCUCAGAGCGCAUGAAGGGCCCACCAUCCCAUUACAUCAACAGCGAAGAGGUGGCUAGGAUUCGAGAAAAGUCGGAGCACAAUAGCAUCAACCUAAACUCUGAGACAAACUUCUUUCAGGAUAAGCUGGUUCACAUCUGUAACCAGCCUGUGACCAUCAUCCAGGCCUCUGACCUUUUUGCGUCUCAGGAGCAGCAGAUGUCGGGCUGCAAAUCUAAUACGUUCCCCCGCAAUGGUUUGGAGUACGAUUCUGAGCCUGUUAACAAAGACAGCUACACCCAGACACUACCCAAGCACCAUCACGCUCAAGGUGGAAGCAGUCCACAGACUAACAGCCAGGACGAGCCACAGCCUCUGGAGACCCCACCGCAGGGUCCUGGUCCCAACGCUAGCAUCUGGGGGCGCUACAAUAAUCUCCUUGAGUCAUCCGUCUCUGUACCAGGGACUCUGAAUGAGGCUGCUGGGAUGGAGGGCUUCAGCGGAGGACAUGGGGGACCCAGUGAACUGCAGGGGAUCUCAGAGCGCACCCUGCUGGAGUUAACCAGGGGCAAGUCCUCAUCUGCUCACCCUAGGGCCUGGUUUGUCUCACUCGAUGGCAAACCCGCAGCCCAGGUGCGCCACUCCAUCAUCGAGAUCCAGAGUCGCCAUCGUCCACCCAGCAGCAACGACACCAGCCUGGACUCCGGAGUGGACAUGAACGAGCCUCAACAUAACAUCAGAGAGCAAGAGCGAGAUCGACCAUCCGUUAGGGCCUCUUCCCUCCCUUACCAUGGCCGAGGUGGACGGUACAGUGAAGAUCCAGAUUUAAGCAGCAGUGAGAGUGGGACCACUGCCACUUGUACGCCAGAGGACUUCUCCCUAAGGAACAUAUUGGACGGAAGCAGCGGCGCGAUCCCCAACAUUCCAGAGGAGCGAGACGGAAUGGAUACAUCCAGCGCUCAAGAGGACAGUGAGUCAAGGGGGACGCCUCCACCAAGGCGACUGAGGAAGGUGAGGGAAAAGGGCAAAAAUGAAAAACGGAGUGCCAAGCAUGUCAGAGACGGGAGACAUCUGGCAAAACGGAGCUAAAAUGGAAAGUAGCAUUUUCAGUAACCAUUUCAUCCUCAUUCAGCUGUCCUGGUCUCAUCACUCAUCUUGGUUCCGCUUGUGUUCUCACCGGCAUUGUUGGUAUUGAGUGGUGUGUUUGUGCAACUUUGCCAAAGAAUAUUUAGCUUGCUGGAUCAAAAGAUCAAUUUCAUGCUGUUGCUUUUCUCACCAGCUGGGUGUAAUGAUGAUGUUCACAUUCCCUGGUGCUAGCAAUGCCUUCUUUCCGCCUGAGAUCAUGAGCUCUCACCAUAUGGGGCGCAUUUGUCCAACGCCUGUCAUAUGGUGCACUUACCCUUACCAUAAAUGCCUGCGCAAAUAUCCAAACCUCUGUACACAUUGUUUCAUUUCAUUUGACAUUGGAAAAAGUCCUUGUUGCUGUUCAAGUCAACUUUUUAACUCAUGAAUGCUUGUUGUUAGCUAAUCUGUUUGAUAUUCGACUUCACCUCUGCGUGACUCCAAAGAUGGGCGAUGAUGUAUUUUUGGAGAAAAAUGUUGCUUGUGCGGUGGAAGUAAGCUGCCAUUUUAAACUUCUCAUCACUUGGGAUCCGAUGGGAAGCAUGAAAAAUGAAUGUUUGUCAGUGUGUGUGUGACUUUACUGCAUUUUUUUGUAGAUAUUCAAACACUGUUGAAGAAACUUCUGCUGCUGAUGUUGAAAAAUCAACCAUAACUUUUUAAAUGCAUUUAUUCCUGUCACUCCUGUCUACCAAAACUGUUUGAAAUCCUAACCUUCUUUUUCAUUAUUGACACUUUAUAUUGUAAAUUUUGCGCCCAUACUUAUUUAUGAAUGCAUGAUUGUGAAUGUGUGAAUGAGAUUAUUUAUUAUCAAGCCAACAUAAUUACAGAAAAAGACACGAAAUACUUAAAAUCACACUGCUUAACAUCAAUUAACAUUCUGUGCCUUGAUGUUUUUAAUCAGAAAGAUACAAGAAAACAAAGACCCACUCUCUUUUCUACAUUCGUGGAAGGAUGAAUUCAGAAUGAUCCAAGAGUGAUAUGAAAUUCAGUGAAGUAUUUUUUGUUUCUGUGCAGUUUAAAGUUAAGCGAGUGAAAAGGUUAGCCCAUGUCUUUUGCUAGUGUCGACAUUAGCUCAUAGUAGGGUGGUAGAGAAGAGCAAAACACAUUUACAAAGUUUUGAAACAAAUUUGUAAACUCAUGGAUCAAAUGUAAAGGUGUUUUGCACUGCCCGCCACUGCAUCAUUGCGCCAUUAUGCCUGAGCACAUCAUGUUACAGAGAAGUUGAGACCAAUGUAGAGCAUAAAUAUAUAUUGAUCAUGCACACAAGCAUUCAACUGUUUGGAGUGUAAAUAACCGAAAUGAUGUUCGAGCUCAACUCCACUUGCACAGACCUGAUCAGCAACAUAAAGUUGAGUGUUGGAGCAGCGAUUUUUGCCAUAUUUAGUCUUCCUUCCAUGCAACAGUGACGGCACCCAUGUUGGUGUGUAUAUACUUCAGCGGUGUAUUUAUAUGACUGUAUCUAAUACUGUUUUCGCUUUGAAUCUGGAAACGUCUUUUUUAAUUGCAUAGCAGUUGAGCAGUUUUACAUCCAAUUUUUUAAUGUUUCGCUACAGUCUUGAUCAGAAGUGUAAGCCCACCCACAUUUAUUGGAUAUUAAGCAUUGUAUAUUUACUUGACAUCAUUCCCAGCCAUUUUUAAACCUGUCUUUGUCGAACAAAAUGUGCUCUGAAAGUGUCUCAGUGUUCUUACUGUACUCCAACACUAGGCUUUUGGACCUCUUGGGUUCUUGCAUGAUCAUCUGUUAUCCAAAGCCUAUCAAGUUUAAUUAUUUAUACUUAGCAUUUAAAGCUGUGUUUCAUAAGAUGAUAGUCAUAGUGAUGGGCGGAUGAGGUAUCAUGAAACAGUAUUGCAGGGUUGAUGAGGGUUUGACGAAACAGUGUCACAAGAGGCCACUAAAAGGCGCUCUUGGUUAAGAAGGGAUGAGAUUUCAUUGAAUUAGUUGUUUCAAGUCCAAACAUUCCCCAGCAGACAGUGCCAUCUGGUGCUCUCUGAACAUCAGGACACUGUUUCAUGAAAUUCAUCAAUUCUUCAAUACUGUGUCAUGAGACCUCAUCUACCCAUCAUAAGUCAUGGUCUAUGGGUGGUCUUAAACCUUUGGCAAAGACUUUCCGAUGGUCUAAAACAUAUAUACAUAUUUUUUAUUCUCCAUCCAUUUUAAAUGUAGCAACACGUAGAGCACUUAAACAAUUCAGUAGGCUUGUACUAAACUCUAAUUCCACGUUUGGCUUCAGGUGAGAUACUCUUGAAACACUCAGCCCCGGCCACUCAUCUUGCUGAAUGUAUUUGUACUGAUUUUAAUGUGUUUGAUAGCGGGCUCCUGCUGUGUCCUGUCUGCCUUUUAUAUCUUGAUGACAUUUGAGUUCUUUUGCGAGUGAGCACCACCUGUGUUUACCACUGUAAUAAUGGUAGUGUUGUUAGUCCUGCCUUUCUUUGUGUACUUAUCUAAUAAAGCUUUCAAGAGUCAAUUUUGUUUGUUUAUUUU